CGAACUCUUAGCAUUAAAAAGAAGGAAAGAAAGAGAAAGUGAGAAACAAAACAUAAAAACAGCCAGAAAGGGGAGAGAGGUCUCCUCCGUUGUCCGUCGUUCGUUUUGUUAAGUGUGAAACAGUGAGGCCAGGAUAUUUUGCAAUUAAUGAUGGCAAAUCGUUCCCAGUCCCUUUCAAUUAAUGUACCAUAUGGAGGCCCAAGCGUUUCAGGACCAGGCAUCGCUGGAGCUCAAGCAAACAAGGAUCGGAAAAUGGCUUCAGCGGAGCACUUGGUGCUUGACCUAAGUAAUCCAGAUCUUCGAGAAAAUGCGCUACUUGAACUUUCCAAGAACAAGGAGUUAUUUCAAGAUUUGGCUCCUUUCGUGUGGAAAUCUUUUGGUACUAUUGCUGCACUCAUACAGGAGAUAGUUUCAAUAUACCCUGUUCUAUCACCACCUAAUCUGACUCCGGCACAAUCAAAUCGAGUUUGCAAUGCUCUUGCUCUUCUUCAGUGUGUGGCUUCCCACCCGGAUACAAGGAUGCUGUUCCUCAAUGCACAUAUACCUUUGUACUUGUAUCCUUUCCUCAAUACAACGAGCAAGUCAAGACCAUUUGAGUACUUGAGGCUUACAAGUUUAGGUGUCAUCGGUGCCUUAGUCAAGGUUGAUGAUACAGAAGUUAUUAGUUUCCUUCUGUCAACAGAAAUAAUUCCAUUGUGCCUUCGUACAAUGGAAAUGGGCAGUGAACUUUCAAAAACAGUUGCCACGUUUAUCGUUCAAAAGAUUUUGUUGGAUGAUAUGGGCUUGGAUUAUAUUUGUACAACAGCUGAGCGGUUCUUUGCAGUUGGUCGAGUGUUAGGGAACAUGGUUGCAGCACUUGCCGAGCAACCCUCAUCACGGCUACUGAAACAUAUAAUUCGAUGUUAUCUUCGAUUGUCUGAAAACCCAAGAGCUUGUGAUGCUUUAAGAAGUUGCCUUCCAGAUAUGUUAAGAGAUGCUACUUUUAGUACUUUCCUUGUUGAAGAUGCAACAACCAGGAAAUGGUUGCAAAUGUUGCUCCAAAAUGUUGGAGGGAGCCGGAUUCCUUCGCUACAAGCUGGGGUUGGAUUUGAUCACAUGAUGUUGAAUUAAAAUUAUCUACAUCGUUCACACGAUGGGGAGGAGUUUAUCACAUGAUGGUGAUUUAGAUGGUCAUUGUUAUUUCAAGACUACCAGCGAGCCACCUUGACAGUCUAUGCAACAGCAUAGACAGUGCCCCGUUCCCUUUGUUUAUCCUUCUGUUAUUACAUAGCAUAAUUAGCUUCUUGUAACCAAGAAUGCCUGGUCUUAGAAACAAGUAAUUUGAUAAUUUCCUGUGUUUAUCCUACCGUAUCGGGUUUUACCUUGUAAUUCAGACUUACCACUGCAGUUGAGUAACAACUGAGAUGCAUCAUCAAAAAUUCAAAAGUGGACUGGUACUGCUCUGUACCACCUAAAGAAUAGGAUCAAAGCACCCCAGUAUGCAAAUUUUCACACUUCGAAUGUCUCAACAAUACAAUUGUACGACCUCACAGUAGGUUUUAUUUUUAUUUUUGGUUAAAUGCAUACAAGAGAACCAAGUUU